UCUCUCUCUCUCUCUUUCUCUCAUCUCAUUCUUCUCUUCAACCCACCAUGAAUUUCUUUCGGGACCGUCCCUUUAAACGACUCGCUUAUUUUAGUAAGUUCUGUCAGGAUGUCUUUGCUUGGUCAUUAAUUCCUAUCGGCUCCUUUUGGAUUCAAUUUUGGUAUUUCUUGGCUGUAACUCUAAUUGGGUUGUUGAGUUUGUACUCUUUGGAGCCACGAAAGGAUCCUAAAAAGAGCAAUCUCGACAUGUUCUACAUGUCGGCCUCUGCUACAACCUCAUCGAGCUUGGGUUCGGUCGAAAUGGAGGACUUUUCGAAUGCUCAAUUGGUGGUUCUCACUGUCCUGAUGCUCUUAGGUGGUGAGAUCUUCACCUCUAUGCUGGGCCUCCAAAUUAGGAAAUUCAUGUCAAAUGACAAAAGCCAAAAGACCAAUCUUCGUGUGAUCACUAGAGAAAACCAUCAUUCAAAUCCUUUCAAGAUUGAAAAGGAAAUUGAUCUAGAGUCAAUAACCAAUGAAAACAAUGACCCUGAUUUGAGAGUCAGUAAUGGUGUGGGGUCCUUGGAAACAAAAAUUGAAGGAGAUUUGAAGCUCAAUUCUUUGAGGCUUUUGAGAAAUGUGGUUUUGUGUUAUUACUCUGUGAUCCAUAUAUUUGGAACUGCUCUCAUUGCUAUGUAUCUUAGCCUUGCUUCUCAUGCAAAGCAUCUACUAAGGAGUAGGGGGAUCCAAAUGCUUACUUUCUCAGCCUUUCUCACAGUUUCUUCCUUUGCUAACUGUGGCUUUGUUCCCACAAAUGAGAAUAUGAUAGCUUUCAAAAAGGACACCCUUCUUCUCUUGUUAAUUAUCCCUCAAUUUCUACUUGGAAACACUCUCUUCCCUUCUUGUUUGAGGCUUGUUAUCUCCUUUCUAAGAAGGUUGACACGCCGAGAGGAGUUCGGAUAUCUUCUUGAGAAUUACAAGCAGAUCGGCUUCGACCAUUUAUUCUCAUUCGAAGAAUCGGUGUAUCUUUUUCUCACUGUUUCUGGCUUCAUAGUGGUGCAGUUUGUAGUGUUUUUCUGGUUACAGUGGAACUCGGAGGCUUUCAGUGGGUUUGGCAAUGGUGAGAAAGUGGUUGCAGGGUUGUUUCUCUCUGUCAAUACGAGGUAUUCGGGUGAAUCCGUGGUGGAUUUGUCUCUCCUAAAGCCGGCUUUGCUGGUGCUCUACUGCUUGAUGAUGUACCUUCAUCCCUAUACAUGCUUCCUUCCAACUAAAGAAAGGAGAGUCCAAAAAAAGUCAGAAAACCAGCCAGAGAAGGGAAGAAAGGGAGAAAAUCUAAUAAAGAAAGUCCUAUUUUCACAGCCUACUAAUCUGGUGGUUUUUGUAAUAAUAAUAUGCAUAACAGAGCAGAGGCAAUUAUUAGAAGACCCUCUCAACUUUAAUGUUCUUAACAUUGUUUUCGAAGUCUUAAGUGCCUAUGGAAAUGUUGGAUUAUCAGUGGGUUACAGUUGCCAAAAAUUACAUAAGCUCUCCAACAAGUCCUGCAAAGAUGUGUUAUAUAGCUUCUCUGGUCAAUGGAGUAAGGAGGGCAAAUUGGUCAUCAUUUUUGUUAUGUUUUUUGGAAAGCUCAAGAAAUUUAGAGUGAAAGACGGAAAAAGUUGGUUGACUCUCUAACAAUAGCACGAACCCUCAAGCUUCUGCUAUUUUUAUUUCUUUUUAACCAAACAAGGAGAAAGGGAAAAUGUGAGAGUUUGUGUAUAGAGAGAAGGCUUGUGUAGCAUAGAAAGGGUUGUGCCGAGUGAAUGGCUAAUAAGUAUUCUAGUUUUGAUUAAAAAUGCUCAUACUCUACAUUUCGGACUUUAUUGAGGACAUUUAUACCAUAUAUAGUCAGUGUAUGACAUAACACAUAUACCAUAUAUCAUCAGUGUAUGAUACA